ACAAAUACAGUCAACCAAAAAUCCUAUAUAUCCAGCAAAGCUAUCUUUUUAAAAUGAAAGCGAAAUGAAGAUUUUCCCCGAUAAACAGGAACUGAGAGAGCUUAUUACUUACAGACCACCUUGCAAGAAUGCUAAAGGAAGCUUUUUAUCCUGAAAGCAAGUAAUCUCAAGAGAGUAAUUUGAAUCCAUAUGAAGAGUACCAGUAAAGAAAUCAUGACCACCCCAGGAAAAGAGAACUUUCGCCUGAAAAGUUACAAAAAUAAGUCCCUGAAUCCUGAUGAGAUGCGCAGGAGGAGGGAGGAAGAGGGACUGCAGUUACGCAAGCAGAAAAGAGAAGAGCAGUUAUUCAAGCGAAGAAAUGUUGCUACAGCAGAGGAAGAAACAGAAGAAGAAGUUAUGUCAGAUGGAGGCUUCCAUGAGGCUCAGAUUAAUAACAUGGAGAUGGCACCAGGUGGUGUAAUUACUUCUGACAUGAUUGAAAUGAUAUUUUCCAAUAGCCCAGAGCAACAGCUUUCAGCAACACAGAAAUUCAGAAAACUGCUUUCAAAAGAACCUAAUCCUCCUAUUGAUGAAGUCAUCAGCACACCGGGAGUAGUGGCCAGGUUUGUGGAGUUCCUCAAACGAAAAGAGAAUUGUACACUGCAGUUUGAAUCAGCUUGGGUACUGACAAAUAUUGCUUCAGGAAAUUCUCUUCAGACCCGGAUUGUGAUUCAGGCAGGAGCUGUGCCCAUCUUCAUAGAGUUGCUCAGCUCAGAGUUUGAAGAUGUCCAGGAGCAGGCAGUCUGGGCUCUUGGCAACAUUGCUGGAGAUAGUACCAUGUGCAGGGACUAUGUCUUAGACUGCAAUAUUCUUCCCCCUCUUUUGCAGUUAUUUUCAAAGCAAAACCGCCUGACCAUGACGCGGAAUGCAGUAUGGGCUUUGUCUAAUCUCUGUAGAGGGAAAAGUCCACCUCCAGAAUUUGCAAAGGUUUCCCCCUGCCUGAAUGUGCUUUCCUGGUUGCUAUUUGUCAGUGACACUGAUGUACUGGCUGAUGCCUGCUGGGCCCUCUCAUAUCUAUCCGAUGGACCCAAUGAUAAAAUUCAAGCUGUCAUUGAUGCAGGAGUCUGUAGGAGACUUGUGGAGUUGUUGAUGCAUAAUGAUUAUAAAGUGGUUUCUCCUGCUUUGCGGGCUGUGGGAAACAUUGUCACAGGCGAUGAUAUUCAGACCCAGGUAAUUUUGAAUUGCUCAGCUCUGCAGAGUUUAUUGCAUUUGCUGAGUAGCCCAAAGGAAUCUAUCAAAAAGGAAGCAUGUUGGACAAUAUCUAAUAUCACAGCUGGAAAUAGAGCACAGAUCCAGACUGUGAUAGAUGCCAACAUUUUCCCAGCCCUCAUUAGUAUAUUACAAACUGCUGAGUUUCGGACAAGGAAAGAAGCAGCUUGGGCCAUCACAAAUGCAACUUCUGGAGGAUCAGCUGAACAGAUCAAGUACCUCGUAGAACUCGGUUGUAUCAAACCACUUUGUGAUCUCCUCACAGUCAUGGACUCUAAGAUUGUACAGGUUGCCCUAAAUGGUUUGGAAAAUAUCCUGAGGCUUGGAGAACAAGAAGCCAAAAGGAAUGGCACUGGCAUUAACCCUUACUGUGCUUUGAUUGAAGAAGCCUAUGGUCUGGAUAAAAUUGAAUUCUUACAGAGUCAUGAAAACCAGGAGAUCUACCAGAAGGCCUUUGAUCUUAUUGAGCAUUACUUCGGGACCGAGGAUGAGGACAGCAGCAUUGCACCCCAGGUUGACCUUAGCCAGCAGCAGUACAUCUUCCAGCAGUGUGAGGCUCCUAUGGAAGGUUUCCAGCUUUGAAGCAAUACUCUGCUUUCAUGUUCCUGUGUCAGACCAGGCUACCCAGUCAAGUCCUCUUGUGGAGCCCACAGUCCUCAUGGAGCUAACUUCUCAAAUGUUUUCCAUAAUACUGUUUGCGCUCAUUUGCUUGCCUUGCGCACCUGCUCUCUUACACACAUCUGGAAAACCUCUGGCUCUCUGUGGUGGAAUACCCUUCUAAUAAAAAGGGUAACCAGAACGGCCCACUCUCUUAUGGAAAAUCCCUAGGCUUUGGAGAUCUGCACUUAAAUAUUAUAAGAGUCAUGGGAAUAUACACACAUUAAUGUGGCUCCCUUUCUUUGUGGGGGAAAAAGAGGACUCCUCCUCAUUCCCUUUAAAGUGGGGAAAAACACUGAUAUUAAAAGAUGAGACUAAAUCUUUAUCUUGAAUUUCACACAACUACUUGCAACAAGGGAGAUAUUUAGACCUGUUGUGUACACUUCAGAGUACUUUUCAUGAGUUCUUCCACAGUGAACCCUUGGAUUACCUGGUGGCUUUUCUAGCCAAAUUUGCAUUAAUCCUUACUGAGACUGGAUGGUUUUCUUUCCUCUAUUGGCGCCAUUCUUCACAGAUAUUAAACCAUCCGCUCCCUCACCUUCAGCCUUCAGUGAAUGUGCUUUCUAGUUGUCAGGAAUGCUGAAGAAUUUAACACUUUGACUCUUAAAUGUGAUACUGGUUUGAAGAUUCCCUUAGAGCAGAAAGGAGAGGGCCACAUAUUAAUUUGUAUGGCUAUCGCUUCUCUUUGGACUUAAGUGUCUUAGGAUUUGGAAGUGGUUCAAUUCUAAUGCUGGUAUGAAGAUCUAGAAUCCUUAGUAAUCGAAACAAUAUCCUAUCAUUCAAUAAAAUAAAAAACAAAAAAAAAUCCCUCCAGUUUUCCCAAACUCAACCAGUGUGACUAGAGGCUGUGUUUCUGCAUUAAAACAAAUGUUUCAGGCUUUGUGGUCCUGAUGAGGGUCCUCAUUAAAUUGGAAGUUCACCUUAGGUGCUUUUCCUCUCUGUGACUGGCAGAUAACACAUAAUUUUUUUUAAAGGUAACCUAGGGAAAUUUUUUUCUUAGGUGCAGCUUGAUUCUAACGUAUUCAUGCUGCAUUAUAUGAUCCCUUUAAUGUAGCAUCCUUAUCUUAAAUAACCACCUUCUCAACAUGACUUGUUCAACACAAAUAAGGGCAGUGAUCUUUUUUUUUUUUUUUAAUAACCUCAUUGUUCCCUAUUCAUUUCAUCUCCUACUAGUACUGCCCAGUCAAGUCCCCCCAUAAAAUAAAAAGUUUUUCUACCUUCUGGCUCAUUUAAUGAUAACUGCAAUGUACCUGCAACUGGCGCUUCCAGUACUGUCUUCAGUGAUCCACAUUUGUGCUUGGACUGGAAUGAAAAAAUAAGCUUAAUUGCCAAGAGAACUGCAACUGAGUUCAAUACGACUUCUUGGUGCUAGAUGGCCAUCUUGACUCAAUGUUUGGACACACUAUCAGGAGAAGAUGUUUUUGUUACGCUGUUCAAAAUGAAUUCUGAAGGAAAAGUCUCUCACUUCCGUUUCAGAGACUACCCUUUUAAACCUCUUUAAUCUUAUUCUCUUCUAGAAUUCAUUAUAACCCCAAAAUGUAACUAUUUGGAAGUUCCCCUGACAGGCUAUUCUACAUCUCUGGUAAAUCCUGCUGAACAUUAGGGAUAUUCAGAGCUUUCAUACCUCAUCAUGUUGUUAUUUAAGCAGCCAACUUAUGUGACCUGAUUUAAACUUUAAAAAAUCCACUUCAAAGUAGAAAGAUACAAAGACAAAAGGACAUUUAUCAGCCAAGCGUGUGAUGCAUUCUUCACAUCUAGUCUGUAGUUGUGUCUGUGCUCUGGAUGGAUACCGUCUGAUGUCUGUUACUGAUGGAACAGCCACUGCAAAACUAGUCAAUUCCCAUCUAUAACUUACAUUUUCUAGUGCUGCUUUGUGCUGAAAGGACAUUUUAGUUUACUGCACUUGACCUGUAAAAGACUUUGAUUCUUUGUAAUUUUAGGGACAAAUUAGGUGGUUAAUUUAAAGAAAAACUUUCAAUUUUGCCUUUACAUCACAUUAAAACUUCUUUCAGAAGGGUAAUAGAAGCACUGAUUAUAGUAAAAAUCUUGUUUUUAGCUUUGA